AUGGCGACACGGCUCCCCAUCUGUCGCUCAUUUCAACCCUUACCCCUUUGCUUUCUACGCCCUUCUUAUUCCCUCUCUACCCCUAAACUUCUCCCAAAAUCACGGCCCUGUCCCCUCUGGUCUUCUUCUCUUUCACUCUGCCUCCAUCUCCGAACUCAUCGAAAGUCAACCUCUCAUCUUUCUCUCUCCGUCCUCUCAUUCUCUGCUUCGCUAUCACCGACGCUUUCGGAGUCUCACAAAAUGUCGACUACGAUCGAAGAUAAUCCUCUUUUGAAGGACUUCGAUUUCCCUCCGUUCGAUNCUCUUUCACUCUGCCUCCAUCUCCGAACUCAUCGAAAGCCAACCUCUCAUCUUUCUCUCUCCGUCCGCUCAUUCUCUGCUUCGCUAUCACCGACGCUUUCGGAGUCUCACAAAAUGUCGACUANUUGGUCUUUUGGCAAUGAACUGGACUUCGAUUUCCCUCCGUUCGAUGCGGUUGAAGCCAAGCAUGUUCAUCCAGGGAUUCGUGGCUUGCUGGAGAAACUUGAGAUUGAAUUGGCUGAAUUGGAGAGAACGGUGAAACCGACCUGGCCGAAGCUGGCGGAGCCGUUGGAGAAGAUUGUAGAUCGAUUGGCGGUUGUUUGGGGGAUGGUUAGUCAUCUCAAGGCCGUCAAAGAUACUCCUGAACUCCGCUCUGCAAUCGAAGAAGUCCAGCCAUUGAAAGUUGAGUUCGAGCUGAAAUUGGGGCAAAGCAAACCGAUAUAUAAUGCAUUUAAAGCUAUAAUGGAAUCUCCUGAUUGGGAGUCAUUGAGUGAUGCUCGUAAGCGGAUCGUUGAUUCUCAAAUAAAGGAGGCCAUCCUUAAUGGUAUCUCCCUUGAAGGUGAAAAGAGGGACCAAUUUAACAAAAUUCAACAGGAUCUGGCAAAACUUAGCCAGAAAUUUGAGGAGAAUGUUUUGGAUGCUACAAAGAAAUUUGAAAAAUUAAUAACAGACAAGAGAGAGAUUGAAGGACUGCCAGCUACUGCUCUUGGAUUAGCUGCACAGACAGCUGUGUCUAAGGGGCAUGAUGAUGCUACUGCCGAAAAUGGGCCAUGGAUAAUUACAUUGGAUGCUCCGAGCUAUAUGGCUGUGAUGCAACAUGCUAGGAACCGAGAUUUGCGUGAGGAAGUUUACCGUGCUUAUGUAACCCGUGCUUCUAGUGGAGAUCUGGAUAACACAGCAAAUAUCGACCAAAUCUUGAAGCUGAAAUUGGAAAAGGCUAAGCUUCUUGGCUACAAUAACUACGCUGAGGUAAGCAUGGCAACCAAGAUGGCCACUGUUGAUAAAGCAGAAGAGCUACUUGAGAAGCUUCGCAGUGCUUCCUGGAAUGCUGCUGUUCAAGAUAUGGAAGACGUCAAACACUUCUCUAAAGCUCAAGGUGCUCCAGAAGCUGAUGAUUUGAGCCAUUGGGACAUCACUUUCUGGAGCGAGAGGCUUCGUGAAUCUAAGUAUGAUAUAAACGAGCUGGCGGAGCCGUUGGAGAAGAUUGUAGAUCGAUUGGCGGUUGUUUGGGGGAUGGUUAGUCAUCUCAAGGCCGUCAAAGAUACUCCUGAACUCCGCUCUGCAAUCGAAGAAGUCCAGCCAUUGAAAGUUGAGUUCGAGCUGAAAUUGGGGCAAAGCAAACCGAUAUAUAAUGCAUUUAAAGCUAUAAUGGAAUCUCCUGAUUGGGAGUCAUUGAGUGAUGCUCGUAAGCGGAUCGUUGAUUCUCAAAUAAAGGAGGCCAUCCUUAAUGGUAUCUCCCUUGAAGGUGAAAAGAGGGACCAAUUUAACAAAAUUCAACAGGAUCUGGCAAAACUUAGCCAGAAAUUUGAGGAGAAUGUUUUGGAUGCUACAAAGAAAUUUGAAAAAUUAAUAACAGACAAGAGAGAGAUUGAAGGACUGCCAGCUACUGCUCUUGGAUUAGCUGCACAGACAGCUGUGUCUAAGGGGCAUGAUGAUGCUACUGCCGAAAAUGGGCCAUGGAUAAUUACAUUGGAUGCUCCGAGCUAUAUGGCUGUGAUGCAACAUGCUAGGAACCGAGAUUUGCGUGAGGAAGUUUACCGUGCUUAUAUAACCCGUGCUUCUAGUGGAGAUCUGGAUAACACAGCAAAUAUUGACCAAAUCUUGAAGCUGAAAUUGGAAAAGGCUAAGCUUCUUGGCUACAAUAACUACGCUGAGGUAAGCAUGGCAACCAAGAUGGCCACUGUUGAUAAAGCAGAAGAGCUACUUGAGAAGCUUCGCAGUGCUUCCUGGAAUGCUGCUGUUCAAGAUAUGGAAGACGUCAAACACUUCUCUAAAGCUCAAGGUGCUCCAGAAGCUGAUGAUUUGAGCCAUUGGGACAUCACUUUCUGGAGCGAGAGGCUUCGUGAAUCUAAGUAUGAUAUAAACGAGGAAGCACUACGGCCCUAUUUUUCAUUGCCAAAAGUUAUGGAUGGCCUCUUCAACCUGGCGAAGAUGCUCUUUGGGAUUGAUAUUGAAGCAGCUGAUGGUUUAGCUCCAGUUUGGAACAAUGAUGUCAGAUUUUACCGUGUCAAGGAUUCGUCUGGCAGUCCUAUUGCAUAUUUCUAUUUUGAUCCAUAUUCUCGUCCAUCUGAAAAACGUGAAGGUGCAUGGAUGGAUGAGGUACUUGCUAGAAGCCGUGUAUUGUCACGUGAUGGUGUCUCCAUUAGGCUGCCUGUUGCCCACAUGGUGUGCAAUCAAAUGCCACCUGUGGGGGACAAGCCAAGCCUUAUGACAUUUCGUGAGGUUGAGACCGUCUUUCAUGAAUUUGGUCAUGCACUUCAGCAUAUGCUAACCAAGCAGGAUGAAGGUCUGGUUGCUGGUAUACGGGGCAUAGAGUGGGAUGCUGUUGAGUUACCGUCUCAAUUCAUGGAAAAUUGGUGUUACCAUAGGGAUACCUUGAUGGGCAUUGCAAAGCACUAUGAAACUGGAGAGAGUCUUCCCGAAGAAAUAUAUCUGAAGCUCCUUGCAGCUAGAACUUUUCGUGCGGGCACCUUAAGUCUUCGUCAGAUAAGAUUUGCUAGUGUUGAUCUUCAGUUGCAUUCCAAGUACAUCCCUGGUGGGUCAGAAUCCAUUUACGAUGUCGAUCAAAGGGUCAGCGAAAGGACACAAAUUAUCCCUCCACUUCCGGAGGAUAGAUUCCUUUGCAGUUUUGGCCAUAUCUUUGCAGGUGGAUAUGCAGCUGGAUACUACAGUUACAAGUGGGCAGAGGUUUUGUCUGCGGAUGCUUUCUCAGCUUUCGAGGACGCCGGAUUGAAUGAUGACAAGGCUGUAAAAGAGACCGGGCACAGGUUCCGAGAGACUAUACUGGCCCUUGGAGGUGGAAAAGCACCACUAGAGGUUUUUGUGGAAUUCCGGGGGCGGGAACCUUCUCCCGAGGCACUGCUCAGGCACAAUGGCCUGUUGCCAGUCACGGCCUCUGCAUGA